AGCAAUCUUUAGAGAUGUACACCUCCUCCAGCUAUGAAAUUAAAACGAGGUAAAUACGAGAAGCGACAGGAACCAAGGAUUUUAAUCGCAGAGUAUGGGACGCUAUAUUUUUAAAAUGAUUCAUGGAUACAUAUUGCUCACAGUCCUCUCUUCAGUGGUGACCUUCAACAUCCACACCACACCUGUGGGUCGCUUUUCCAAAAAAGAUGAGAAGCAAUUUGGACAAACUAUAAUUCCAUACAAAAAUGGAAUUUUGGUUGCCACUUCAAAUUCAACAGUCCGAAAACUGCAUCAUUGCACUCUGGAAAAAAACUGUACUGAAUUGACCAUUAAAGGGAAUGCAACUAAAGGACUCAAGCCCAUUGUUUCAGCAGCCAAAAGUCUGAAUGGAGAUCAGUUUGUGAUUUGCCAGCAAGUCAGAAGGCGUCAGUCAGAGGAUGAGGACUUGAAUGGAGAGUGUAACCUUAUGUCCGACCCAUUAACAGUAGAAGUGACCUUGCCUCCCGCAGCUCGAGUUGUAGAACAAAUGAAAAAUGAUAUCACCAAAAACAAAAGUACUCUAGAAGAAACUAAUGGCAAGACCAGAAGUAAACGCGCUAACAGGAACAACAACAACAACAAUAACUAUGAGGAUGAGGAAGAUGCUGGGACAGAAAUUGCCUUUGUUCUUGAUGGAUCUGGAAGUAUUGAACCUGAAGACUUCAAAAAAGCAAAAAAAUUCAUUUGCGAUAUAAUGAAAAAAGUUUGGGAAAGCUGUUUUAGUUGUAACUUUGCUGUUGUUCAGUAUGGAAAUGUAGUACAACCAGAACUACUACUCAGUGAAAACGCUGAGAGCGAGAAAGCCCUUAUGAAGGUUCAAAACAUAAAACAGAUUGAGAAAUACACGAUCACUGCAUCGGCCGUAAACUAUGUGCUUGAGCAUGUCUUUGUGCCUGAAAAUGGGUCAAAAGAAAACUCAAGAAAGAUAAUUAUUGUGCUGACAGAUGGAGAGAUAACAGAGGAUAAAAUGGAUCUUGCAACAGUUUUAAAUUCACCUAAAAUGAAAGGCAUCACCCGUUUUGCUAUUGGGGUAGGAGAAGCAACCAGAGGAAAGGGGCAGAAAGAGCUACAGCAAAUUGCUUUGGAGCCACACGACAAGCACUUAUUUAUGGUGAAUGACUACGGUGCCUUGGAGGAUUAUCUCCAACAGCUAGAAACAAGCAUAAUUGGAAUUGAAGGAAUCCAGCAGGGGGCGGCAUUUCACUUCACCCUUUCUGAAGCUGGAUUUAGUUCUCAUUUAGCGCAUGAUGGAUCACGUCUUUUUGGUGCUGUGGGGGCAUAUGAUUGGAGUGGGGGAGUGAUACUGAGUUAUCCUACGAAUAACCGUGUGAAAUUUCUAAACACAACAUCCACAGGAAAAGAGUUUUCCUAUUUAGGAUAUAGUGUGACAUCUGCCAGGACACCCAGCUUUAGCCUGUACAUUUCAGGCGCACCUCGACACAAUUUAAGUGGUGCUGUCUUUGUGUUUGUCGAACCCUCCCAAAAGUCGAUACAGACCCUAUAUGGAAAGCAGGUCGGCUCAUACUUUGGAUCAGUGCUGUGUGCCUUGGACCUAGACAGAGACCAGAAGACUGACUAUCUGCUUGUUGGCGCACCUUUCUUUCAUGCUGAAGGAGAGGAGGGAAAGGUUUACAUUUACAAACUUGAGGAGGGAAAAUUUACGGAGGAGUACUGGGAGAUGGAGGGCAUGGAUAAAUACAUCUUUGCCAGAUUUGGCUCUACAAUCACAGACAUUGGAGACAUUGAUGGAAACAGUUACAAUGAUGUUGCUGUUGGAGCUCCACUAGAAGAAGAUAAUGGCCAGUCCAGUGGCAGCAUCUAUAUUUUCAAUGGCUAUGAAGGAGGCAUCAGGAACCGUUUCUCACAGAGAAUUUCAGCUGCGCAUUUUGAAACGGGGCUGCAAUACUUUGGCCAGGCAAUCACUAAAAUGUCUGACCAAUACCUUGCAGUGGGAAGUGAAGGAAUGGUCACUAUUUUAGAAGCUGUUGCUGUUAUACAGUUAAGCCCAACAAUACAAGCCGAUCCUAAAAUUAUUUCUCUUUCUCAAACGGAAAAAAAUAUUAAGUUAAAAAUUUGCUUCAAACCAAAGAGAGGGGGCGUGAAGGAGGGGCAUCUCUUCAUUCUUUAUAAAGUGGACCUGGAUGCUAAGCAAGAGGAAAAGCGUCUUAUUUUUGUUAAUGGAUUAAAAUCAUCGACUGAUGGCACCUUUAGUUUGACAAAAGAGAUAAACUGCCCUGAUUUAAUGAUCACCAAAUUAAAGGCAUGCACUGACUGCUUCUCUCCGAUAGAGAUAAGGCUGAAAUUUCAGUUGGUCAAUGAAUCUGGCAACAUUCCAUCACGUGUUUUGGAUGCAUUCAGCCCCAUGGAGUCAACCAUACAGAUUCCAUUUGAGGUCAAUUGUAGCAGAGAAGUAUGUGUGCCACAGAUAUCGAUAUCAAACUCAAAAUUGAGUACAGACAUUGUUGUAUUGGGAGUUACAAAGAAUUUGAAUAUAGAUUUCAAUUUAACAAACGAGGGUGAACAAUCAUUCCGUACCAACCUGCUCUUGACAUAUCCAGACGUCUUUAAGUUCAACAAAGUCUCAAAGAAUGCUGGGUCUAUAGUCUGUAUAAAUGAAGAGUCCCAGUUUCAAUUAAAGUGCAGAAUUUCAUAUCCAAUGCUGGAACAAUUUGCUAAGGCAAUUUUCUCCAUCUCUUUGCAGCCUGUUAAAGAAAUAUCAAUGAAGACUGUUAGUAUCAGCUCUACAUUAACAUGUGAGAACAAUGGCAUUCAGAUUCUGGAUAGAAAGAACUACACAUUAAGAAUGAAGAAGGCCUUGAAAGUUCAGUUAACUGGAAAGGUUGACCGAUCAGUACUGAACAUUGCUGAAGACAAAGGAGUUGAAGAACAAUUCAAAUUUACUUUUGAGAUCAUGGGAGAGAAUAAGUACAAUGCUUUAAUCACAGUAACCAUUAACAUACUGCUCUCACCACCUGAGCUGAAAAUCCAGAUGGGUAUGUUGAAGGAAAACUGUACUUGGAAAUCCAACACUUCCAUCCAGUGCAUGGCCAGAAUGCUGCCAAAAGAAAUUGUGGUUGAGGGCAAUGUCGUGAUUGACAAGAAUCAGAUGCUGGUGUCUAACAUACAAGCCACAGCAUCACUAAGCUUUGAUCAGGAGGUGUAUGACGCAGAAGAAACGUAUGAACCGGUCUCUCAGACUAUGACUAUUAAUAAGCUGAAGGUGGUGAGUUCAACCUCUGCCAUAAUAGGAGGUUCCAUGGGAGGUUUUAUUCUUCUGAUCAUUAUCAUCAUCAUCUUGUUCCAGUUUGGCUUUUUCCGAAGACGAUACCAAGAGAGUCGGAAGGCCCAAACUGAGUCUCAUAAUAUCCAACCUUUGGAUGACAACUAAGGACAUAACUAAGGAAAAAAUGUGCUUUUCAUUUAAGUAAACUUAAAGUGCUAAAUAGUAAACCACAGAAAUUGGCCAGAGAUAGCAACUGUGGUUGAAGUAGUUCCCCAUUGCUUCUGUAAAGCACUUUAGGUAUCUAGGAAAGUGCUAUUUUAAUGUAACAUUCAUUCAUUCAGAUGAGACUUCUAAAGAUGCAAGUGUCAGUGAUUUCCAGGUUAACAGUUACUCAGGGCAAACUGUCAGGAUCAAUCCCUUGCCAGUCCUUUUCUGUCAUUUCCCUGUUUGGUCAGCAAGUGUCACUGUGCUGCCAUGUAGCUGGAUGGGCUAAACUGUGAUACUCUACCAUCGUGCUUAAUUAUUAGUUUUGUUUACCCAUUGUUAAUAUGUUAUUGUAUGUUUACUAUAGGUUCUUGUUUUUGUCUCCUUGUUUCUAGUUACCCCUACCUCGUUUAGAUUUGUAGUAAUAUCAUGUAGCCCUUGUUCCUAGUCUUUUCUAGUGUUUGAGUACAAAGUGUUUGACAAUAAACUUCACCUGUUCCCUUUAGCCCUGAGUCCGUCCUGUGUAAUUAGUAAUUAACCCAUACUUGCCCCUUGUCCAUAUUUGUGCCUGCUAGUGUUACUGCUGUGUGUUAUUCUCCUGCAUACUGCCAGUCCUAUAGAUUCCUGUGUUUCCCUUUAGAUUCCCUGUGUUCAGUCCCAACCCUUGUAGUCCUUCUGUAACCCACUUGCUUUUGUUGCCUAAUUUUAUAUUAAUAAUAAAAUAACAGCACAAGCUCCACCUCAA